UGAUGUUUCUCCAACAGGGACAGCAGCUCCGAGUUUGUCUUUUCCGCACGCGCUCCUCUGUGCGAGCACACCUGGACUCCGGUUUUGUGUGUGUGUGCGCGUGUGUGUGCGCGCGUGCGCGUGUGAGGCGCGCGUUUAGAAGGUCUGGGAAAGAGGAUGGAGCCGCGCGUGCUCACCUUUCUCCUGCUGUUGCUGAGACUCAUGAACGAGUCGCGCGCAGGAUUUCCCAACCAGAUCAGCAUCGGUGGCGUGUUCCUGCGCUCUACAGUGCAGGAGCACAGUGUGUUCAGGUUCACACUUCAGCUCUACAACACCAACCAGAACGUGACCGAGAAACCGUUUCACCUGCACUACAAUGUGGACAACCUGGAGCAGAGCGACAGCUUCUCAGUCACACAUGCCUUUUGUUCUCAGUUCUCGCGAGGUGUUUACGCCAUAUAUGGUUUUUAUGAUCAGCGCUCAGUGAACACACUCUUGUCGUUUUCUGGGGCUCUGCACACCUCCUUCAUCACUCCAUCACAGCCCACUGAAGCCGAUGCCCAUUUCCUGCUCCAGCUGAGACCCACGCUAAAAGGGGCGGUGCUUAGCAUGAUCACACACUACAAAUGGGACAAGUUUGUCUACCUUUACGACACAGAGCGAGGGUUCUCUCUGCUGCAGGCAGUAAUGGAGGCAGCAGUAGUGAAUGAUUGGCGGGUGACAGUUCGCUCUGUUGGGAACGUUGUUGAUGUUCUGGACUAUCGGCGAAUUUUUGAGGAAAUGGAACGUCGUCAGGAGAAACUCUUCAUCAUCGACUGUGAAGAAGAGCGCAUUAAUGCUAUGCUGGAGCAGGUCAUGGUCUCAGGGAAAAACAGUCGAGGAUUUCACUACAUCCUGGCUAAUCUGGGUUUCUCCAACGCCAGUAUAGAGAAGGUUUUCUCCGGAGGUGCUAAUGUCACUGCAUUUCACAUCAUCAACCCACAAAACCCCAUCGUACAGCAGUUCCUCCAACGCUGGGACAAAUUGGACCAGAGGGAGUUCCCUCAGGCUGGAGAUACACCUCUCAGAUUCACCUCUGCACUUACCCAUGAUGGCGUGUUGGUGAUAUCAGAGGCGUUUCGUUAUUUGCGUCGUCAGCGUGUGGACGUUUCCCGGCGUGGCAGCGCCGGAGACUGUUUAGCAAAUCCAGCUGUGCCCUGGAGUCAGGGCAUUGACAUCGAGAGAGCACUAAAGAUGGUCCAUGUUCAGGGAAUGACAGGAAAUGUCCAGUUUGAUUCUUUUGGUCGGAGAACAAACUUCACUAUCGAUGUGUACGAGAUGAAAAGCAGUGGAGCGAGAAAGGUUGGUUACUGGAGCGAUAUGGAGGAGUUUGUUUAUGAAACUGAGCUGCAGGUGACGAACGAAUCGUCUUCAGUGGAGAAUCGGACGAUUGUGGUCACCACCAUCAUGGAAGCCCCGUAUGUGAUGUAUAAGAGGAACCACCUGCAGUUGGAGGGAAACGAUCGGUACGAGGGCUACUGCGUGGACUUGGCCUCGGAAAUCGCAAAACACGUCCGAAUUAAGUACAAACUGUCGGUUGUAUCUGAUGGGAAAUAUGGCGCGCGAGAUCCCGAGACUAAAACCUGGAAUGGGAUGGUGGGAGAGCUGGUGUACGGGAGGGCAGACAUUGCCGUGGCUCCUCUAACCAUCACGCUGGUGCGCGAGGAGGUGAUCGACUUCUCUAAACCUUUCAUGAGCCUUGGUAUCUCCAUCAUGAUAAAGAAGCCUCAGAAGUCGAAGCCGGGUGUGUUCUCGUUCCUCGACCCUCUGGCGUACGAGAUCUGGAUGUGUAUUGUGUUCGCCUACAUCGGCGUGAGCGUCGUGCUCUUCCUCGUCAGCAGGUUCAGUCCCUAUGAGUGGAACAUCAACAACAGUGACGAGGCCAAAGAUCCACAAGCUCCACCAGAUCCACCAAAUGAGUUCGGCAUUUUUAACAGUCUGUGGUUUUCUCUUGGAGCCUUCAUGCAGCAAGGAUGCGAUAUUUCACCAAGGUCUCUGUCAGGUCGUAUAGUAGGAGGAGUGUGGUGGUUCUUUACACUGAUCAUCAUCUCAUCCUACACAGCGAACUUGGCAGCGUUCCUCACUGUGGAGAGGAUGGUGUCUCCUAUCGAGAGCGCUGAGGAUCUCGCCAAGCAAACUGACAUCGCGUACGGAACUCUCGACUCGGGUUCCACUAAAGAGUUCUUCAGACGCUCUAAAAUAGCAGUGUUUGAGAAGAUGUGGUCGUAUAUGAAGUCUGCUGAACCAUCAGUGUUUGUGAAGACGACUCCCGAUGGUGUGGCUCGCGUGAGGAAGUCGAAGGGGAAGUUUGCGUUCCUGCUCGAGUCCACGAUGAAUGAGUAUAUCGAACAACGCAAACCGUGUGACACCAUGAAGGUCGGCGGGAAUCUCGAUUCCAAGGGUUAUGGAGUCGCCACGCCCAAGGGUUCGGCAUUAAGAACUCCUGUAAACCUUGCAGUAUUGAAACUCAGUGAACAAGGCAUCUUAGACAAGCUGAAAAACAAGUGGUGGUACGAUAAAGGGGAGUGUGGGACCAAAGACUCGGGCAGUAAGGAUAAGACGAGUGCUCUGAGUCUCAGUAACGUUGCUGGUGUGUUCUACAUCCUGGUUGGAGGUCUGGGACUUGCCAUGACGGUGGCGCUGGUCGAGUUUUGCUACAAAUCUCGUCAGGAGACCAAAGAUCUCCGCAUGCUAAAUCCUGCUCAGAACUUUAAACCCACUCCUCCGGCUGGUGUUCAGAGCUUCACCACCUACAGGGAGGGCUACAAUGUCUACGGCACCGAGAGCGUCAAGAUAUAGUGCUAGUGACAUACGUCACUAAAUUAACUUCUACUGCGUUAGCUCUUGUGUCUUAAUGCUAACUGCUAACUUAAUGCUGACUGCAAACAGACCCCUCCCACUGCACACGCUGUUACCAUAGCAACUGUAAUCAGACUCCAGUAUCUCUUGAUGCCUUACAGGAACCUCAGCAGCACUUCCAGUUUGAUCCAAACACUUCCUCUAAACUUCCAGUCUUCCUCAGAGUACUUCCUCCUUACUCUCACUCAGCUCAUCUCCUUCAUAGAGCCAAGUAUCAGUUCUGUUUUUUAUCUUUGGAGCUGAGAGGCGCUUCAUCAUCCUGCAGCCGAUAAAGCAUGGAGUUAUAGAGAGACUCAUCAUCUGCUUCUCUCAGACUUUGUGUGAAGAGUUCCUGAGAAUCACGUUCACACAACACAUUUUUAUAAAUCACAUGCAAGAGCUUCUCCUUAUCUCCACUCUAGAGCAGAUCGUUAGGUUCAGGAUCUCAUUCUCAACUUCACUAACAGGUAGAUCAUCAUCAUUCUUCAUGUUGUAGAUCUUUUCAUUCAGAUGUUUUAGAGCUUGAAGUAAACUCUAGAGCUGUUGUCCACAAUGUUAAUGUUCUCAGUCAUCUCACUUUUGCUUCAGCAUCAUCUCUAAAUGCAGGUCAGGUUCUGAUCCACAAUUCUUCUAGACCCAUCUCACUGAUGCUCCUCACACUGAGAGAACAAACACAGAGGAGAAAUAAACUGAACCACUAAUCGUUCUCUCUCUCUCUCUCUCUCUCUCUCUCUCUCUCUCUCUCUCUCUCCCUCUUUCUCUCUCUCUCUCUAUAUAUCUCUCUCUCUCUCUUGUCUCUAGUUCUAUAAAUUAGCAGGAAAUGAUUAUUUUAUAAUGAUUUAUUAGAAAAAGUUGCAUGUCAGAAGCCAGAGUUGUGGAAGUUCAAAGGUCACUGUAGUCGUCUCUGUAAUCUAGAAAAGCACCGAAUCCCUGCAUGGGGGCCGACAGCAGGGGCCCAUCUGUCACACUCACAUAAUAAAUAUCAGAAUGUCAA